GUAGGAAGUGGACGUUGGGGUGUUUAACGUUAGAAUCGGCUUGUUAGCUAACUUUGUAUGCUACAGUACGGUAAAUCUAACGAAUACUUAAUUUGGGGAAGCGGUUGGCGUUGUCAUUGUCCACGGUGAAAACAAAUCGUAAAGAAACAUACUCUUGUGUAUCUUCUGUGAAAGAAUGAGCUCCGAAAAACUCGCUGAGGUGUUCACAUAUGAGAGUCUUGUACAUGCUGUCGCUGGUGCAAUGGGGAGCGUGACGGCGAUGACAGUUUUCUUCCCCCUGGACACUGCCAGACUGCGGCUUCAGGUGGAUGAGAAGAGGAAAGCCAGGUCCACUCCUGCAGUUCUGGCUGAAAUUAUCAAAGAAGAAGGGCUCCUGGCUCCCUACCGAGGCUGGUUUCCUGUCAUCUGCAGCCUCUGCUGCUCCAACUUCGUCUACUUCUACUGCUUCCACAGCUUAAAGGCGACCUGGCUGAGGGGUCAGAGCUCAAACCCGGGCCGAGACCUGCUCCUAGGCAUUGCCGCAGGUGUAGUAAAUGUACUUGUCACCACUCCCCUUUGGGUUGUCAACACUCGGCUCAAGCUGCAGGGGGCGAAGUUUCGGAACACGGACAUCCGUCCCACUCACUACACUGGCAUCAUAGAUGCCUUUUCAAAGAUUGUUCGGGAUGAGGGGGCGGUGGCUCUCUGGAACGGGACCUUCCCCUCUCUGCUGCUGGUGCUGAACCCAGCCAUCCAGUUUAUGAUCUACGAGGGGCUGAAGAGACAGCUGAGGAGGGGGGUACACAGAGAGCUCUCCUCUCUGGAGGUGUUCUUCAUCGGAGCCAUCGCCAAAGCCAUCGCCACUACAGUCACAUACCCCCUGCAGACCGUGCAGUCCAUUCUCAGAUUUGGCCAGCACAGGCAGCCCACAGAAAGAUCUCGUAUCUUGAGCAGCCUGAGGAAUGUGAUGUACCUGCUGCUCAACAGAGUCAGGAAAAAUGGCAUUCUGGGAUUGUUCAAGGGUCUGGAAGCUAAACUCUUACAGACUGUCCUCACCGCCGCACUGAUGUUCCUCCUCUAUGAGAAGAUAGCCAGCAGCACCUUCAGGGUGAUGGGGGUUAGGAGGCCUGCGUCCAGCCGCUAAUACACAUAUGGGUUCCAAGUGUGACUGACUGCACCAGACAUCCAUCAGGCCACAUUUUCCAAAUGAAGUCUAUGUUCUUAUUUAUUAUUUGCUUGAUUUUGUCCAAAUACAUGUAGGAUUGGAGAGGCUAUGAGAGCACAGUGGUCUUAUUCAGGAGCUCAGUCUUCAUCGUUCAGCUGUACACUUCAUCAUAUUUCUCAUUGUUAUGGAUUAACAAGUAUAUGUAAAUACAGUUUUGUCUGAGAAGGAUGAGAGGUGUAAUAUGAAGUGUCAAAUAAAUGUAAAAUGUAUAUUUAAAAGUAUA